AUGGCAAUAAAUGAAGAAAAUUUCGGUCGGUUACUUACUCAGCAAAUUUCUGAUAUUGAAGCCACUGAACAGGAAAUUAUUAUCUUGGAAAAAUAUAGAUCAGAUUAUGAGUCGGUUAGUAACAAAAUUCAGGAGUUGCAAAAGUCUGUAUAUAAAGAUGCGUAUAUUCCAUUCAGUCGCAAAGCGCUUGUCCGUGGGCGUUUAAUUCAUACAAAUGAACUCUUAGUGUAUCUCGGUGGGACUGAUGACUAUUUUGCUGAAUUAUCUGUCUACGAAACAGUUCAGUUGCUCAGUCGUCGUAUUAAACGGUUAGAGAUAAAAUUAGAUGGAUUACGUCAACAAAAAACACUGUUAAACGAUAGAAUCAGUUACACAAAACAGUUGGUCUCACAAAAGCUAGUUUCUAUACCGAAAGAUUCCGCCAGUUGUACUCGUGAUCGGAUUGUAGAAGGUAUUGAGGAUGAUAAAGAAAUUGAAAUUAGAGAAGAGUAUGAUUCUGAUGCUGAGAUUGAAUGGAGGAAAAAACAUAUAAAUAGUCGAAAACAGGAACGUAUUUCCAAUGCAUCAAGAUGUUCCCCAGUACUUACUACUCGUCGAGUGUCGUUUGAUUUAGUUGAGCAAGUGCUUGGAGAACAGUGUACUGAUUAUGAAAAUAUUUCUAAUUCCGAAUCUGAUUUUGAUGGUGAAAACUUAUCGACUAUACACUUUCAACAUUCAGACACACCUUCACCUAUUCCAAGAGAAACAGUAGUGGAUGUUUCCACUCUUACUGUUGCAGAAGCUGUCAAUUUCGCCCUCAAGAUUUGCAACACACACGCUAAAAAUAAAGUGUUCUUGGUGGAACCACUUGGUGAUAUUAGGGAAAAGCAACCAAAUGCCUUAGCGAAAGCUGUCAAUUUUAUCCCCGAAAUGUCCAGUACCAAUCAUCAGAAUAAAAUACUUCCAACAAAACCAUUUGGUGA